CAUAUCCCAAGAUGCAGUGGUGCAGGUGGGCCAGCAACUGGAGGUCACACCUCCCAGCACAGUCUGCAGUGCCAGAGACUGAGGACUCCUUUGACUUUCUCUUUAAAAUCAUCCUGGUCGGGGACUCGGAUGUUGGAAAGACCUGCGUGGUGCAGAGCUUCAAGUCUGGCAUAUUCAUUGAGAAACAGCAGAACACCAUCGGAGUGGACUUCACUGUCCGUACCCUGGAUAUUGAUGGGAAGAAGGUGAAAAUGCAGGUGUGGGACACAGCAGGACAGGAGCGCUUCCGGACGAUAACCCAGAGCUACUACCGCAGUGCCCACGGGGCCAUGGUGGCCUACGACAUCACCCGCCGCACCACCUUUGAAUCCGUCCCCCACUGGAUCAGGGAGGUGGAGCAGUACGGAGCUGCCGGUGUGGUGCUCAUACUCAUUGGUAACAAAUGCGACCUGGACGCUCAGCGGCAGGUGCUGUUUGAGGACGCCUGCACUUUGGCAGAAAACAACAAUGUGCUGGCAGCUCUGGAAACCUCCGCCAAGGAGGCCCAAAACGUGGAGGCCGCCUUCAUCCUGAUGGCCCGGGAGCUGCUGGCUCGAAACGGCAUGACCAUGACGGACGGGGAAUCUCAAGAAUCGCCCCAGCUGAUGCUGAGUAACAGCUCGCGCCCCGUUGAAGGCACAGCGCCUGCAGAUGGGAAAUGUGGGUGCUAGGCAGACCGAUUAGGACUUAGACUGAAUAUUCAAUGUGUGUCGGAAAGGUUUUCCUGCAGAGGGAAGAGUCUUUAAAGAGAAACAUUCUGUUAUGCAGUUUUGGUGCAGUUAGGUUUUUUAUUGUUUGUAUUAUUUAUAAAUUUUAAGUUUAUCUGUAACAGGAACUGGAGGAACCUGAACAGUGAAUACAAUAUUCCCAUGACACACACAACUGUGUCUUCUGUCACACAGUAUGGCUUUUAUGUUGUGGGAGCUAUUUUGUAGUCUUUGUAGAUUUUAUAAAUAUUCAUUUGGAUUUGUUUUGUAAUAUUUUAUAGUGUUUAUUCUGCUAUUUGUUGUGCAUGUUUGGCUUAAACAUAAUUUUCUGUGGGCCUAAUUUUUGUAGAUUUAGACAGUUCUGGGAACCUGAAGUUUGUUUAGGUGGAUAGCAGGCAUAGCACCAGCAUGCACCUGGACGGGCCUAAGGUUUUCUAACAGAAGAAGAGAGGCAGCAGAAAAUAAUGGCUCCUUUUGUCUGCUUGCAUCAGGAAAAAUAAAUCAAGACAAAGUGUAAAGGAUUUUUUGUGGACAGUGACUUUUUCUUCCCAUGUAAAC